AUGGAGGGGAUGGACAGUCUGAACAAGAAUCAGAUUGGCGAUGUUGGAGCGCAGGCGAUUGCUGAGGCACUCGAAGUGAACACGAAGCUGACUCACCUCUAUCUGACCAAGAAUCAGAUUGGUGAUGUUGGAGCGCAGGCGAUUGCUGAGGCACUCAAAGUGAACACGACGCUGACUACGCUCUCUCUGAACCAUAAUCAGCUUGGCGAAGGUGGAGCGCAAGCGAUUGCUGAAGCACUCAAAGCGAACACGACGCUGACCAAGCUCUAUCUGCACACCAAUCAGAUUGGCGAUGUUGGAGCGCACGCGAUUGCUGAAGCACUCAAAGUGAACAAGACCCUGACAACGCUAUGUUUGUCCCAGAACUUCCUAACCAACCCCGGAAUCAAUGCACUCAGGCAAACGGGCAGUACCACUUGUAACUUGGAUCCUAUUUAUGGUAGUCUUGACCAGCAGCGUUUUUCGCCGCAUGCCAACUGGGCUCAGAUUGCAGCUCGUGCAGCAGCACACACUCAGCCUAAACCUUCUGUCAAUCUUGCAACUGAGAAUCAGCAAUUGCGCUCCAAACUGAAACUGGCAGCUCAAAAGCACGUCCUCGCGGCAAAGGAUCAGGCGCUCGUUACCAAAGACCAGGAGCUCGCAACCAACAAGCAGGAGCUUACUACUAGACAGGCGCUCGCUGCCAAAGGUCAGGAGCCACAACAACUUCGCCUCGAUCUCGCUGCCAAGGACCAGAAGUUCGCAACAACAGAGCAGGAGCUCGUUGCGAAAGACCAACAGCUUGCUGUCAAAGACCAGGAGCUCACUGCCAAAGACCAGGCCCUCGCAACCAACAAGCAGAAGCUCACAACAAGAGAGCGGGAGCUCGCUACUAAAGAUCAAGCGCUCGCGGCCAAAGACCAGGAGCUUGCUACUCGAGAUCAGGCGCUCGCUGCCAAAGAGCAGGAGCUACAACAACUUCGCCUCGAUCUCGCUGCCAAGGACCAGAAGCUCGCAACAACAGAGCAGGAGCUCGUUGCGAAAGACCAACAGCUUGCUAUCAAAGACCAGGAGCUCACCGCCAAAGAUCAGGAGAUUGCUGCCAACAAGCAGAAGCUCACAACAAGAGAGCAGGAGCUCGCUACUAAAGAUCAAGCGCUCGCUGCCAAAGACCAAGCGCUCGCGGCCAAAGACCAGGAGCUUGCUACUCGAGAUCAGGCGCUCGCUGCCAAAGAUCAGGAACUACAACAACUUCGCUUUGAUCUCGCUGCCAAGGAUCAGAAGCUCGCAACAACAGACCAGGAGCUCGCUGCCAAAGUGCAGGACCUGCAACAACUUCGCUCAAAUCUCGUUGCCAAGGAUCAGGAGCUUGCAACCAAGGAUCGUGAACUGAAGUCAGCUCUUGAUCGGAUCAAGCGCGAUGGACCUUUGUCGAACUUUGACGGACCCAUUGCACAAGUGCCUCUCGCCACUCUCAUCUCCGCUACGAACAGCUUUGCUGCCGAUUCUCUGGUUGGCGAAGGAGCGUUUGGUCGCGUGUACAGUGCCAGGUUGCCUGGGCCUCCUGUUGCUGUUGCCAUCAAGAAGCUGUCCGCCGUAUCGAUCCAGCACUAUGCAGCGUUUCAGUCAGAGUUGAAAUCUCUAUCUAAAUUCCGCCACACAAACAUCAUUGCCAUGCUGUCGUAUGCCGAAGCUCAGGGUGAAUAUUGCUUGGUGUACGAGUUCAUGCCGAAUGGUUCUGUUCGAGAUCGCUUGAAUCGCAAGAACGACACGCUUCCGCUGACCUGGUCUCAGCGCCACCACAUUGCUGCCGAUGUCUCUCGUGGCAUGCACUACGUCCAGACAGCCUUUUCUGACCAUGUUCUGUUCCACCUCGACCUCAAGACGGACAAUGUUCUUCUGGAUGCGCAUUUCAAUGCAAAAGUUUCGGACUUUGGUCUCGUCCGUGCUGCCGAGCAUCUUGAUGACAAAAGUUCCCUUCGCACAAAGGUUCCUCAAGGCACCGCUGCUUACAUGUGUCCCGAGUUCCUCGUUGAUGGCAGAAUGACCGUCAAGACGGACGUUUAUGCAUUUGGCAUGAUUUUGAUCGAGCUUGUGACCGCCGCCAAGCCUGGCAACCGCCUGAAAUUAGAUGCACGAAGGGCUGUGAAAAAUCAAACCAUCGUUGGCAUGCUGGACUCGGCGCUCAACCCAACCGAGGCAGAGCAGCAGAGCAUCAGCGAGAUUGUCACCCUCGCGCUCGAGUGUCUUGACGACGAAGCUGCCGAUCGCCCCUCCUUUGGGCAACUCAUUGUUCAAUUGGAUCCUUGAUACCAAGCGAAAGAUGCUGUGCUGAUGCCUCAGUGCUUUAUCAAGUGAUGAACGAGCUACUCCCUCGUUCUUCACUACUCUCUCUGUGUCCGUGUUUCCCGUUCGCCCUCUUGUGGCAUGCUCCUCCUGCAUGUUGUAACUGUUGCUUUAUGACUUGUUCCUUUCACAGCGCUCUUGCUUUUCACCCAAAACUCCAAUGCACCAGGAAUUGGUCCUGUGAGCUUCAUUGUUGUUUUUGUUAUGUCAAUUGUGUUUUGGGAGCAAAUUUAUAAUUUUGAAGCGU